AUGGAGAAUCCAAGUGGAACUCAAGGAACAAGGGUAAGCGAUAAGCGUUUAGCCCAGACACAGGCGAAGGUGGAUGAAGUUGUUGGAAUUAUGCGUGUCAAUGUCGAGAAAGUUUUGGAGAGGGACCAGAAAUUGUCCGAAUUGGACAACAGAGCGGAUGCCUUACAGCAUGGGGCGGCACAGUUUGAACAGCAGGCUGGUAAACUUAAAAGAAAGUAUUGGUGGCAAAACUUAAAAAUGAUGUUAAUUAUUGGUGCUGUAGGAGCGAUCCUACUUAUCAUUAUCAUCGUUUGGGCGACGUCCGGUAGCGGCAGCGGCAGUUCUGCACCAGCUCCAACAACAACAACUAUAGCACCAGCUGCCAAUGAGCCAGCAGGUCGAUAA